AUGGAGCUGGAGAAACUGGGACUAGGCCAGACUGUAAACCUGCGGGAUAGCAAAAACCUGCUAAAGGAGAUUGGAGAAAUCUGUGGAUUUGAAGGUGCCUCAUCCUUUCCAGGUGCACAGCCUGUAACACUUAACCGCGAGGCACUGCAGGAUCUCCGGCAAAAGGACUACUUUGUUUGCGAAAAGAGCGACGGUCUUCGGGCCAUCCUGUACAUCAAGCAAAUAAAGCACAAGACAUACGCGUUCUUUACCGACAGAAAUGGCUCUGUUGUGCGGAUAAAAAAGCCAUUUCCCCUUAUAGGAUCUGCUCUUCUCGAUGGAGAAAUCAUCAAAAACUCGGCAGGAAGCUAUAUCUACAUGGUGUUUGAUAUGGCUAUUUAUCAGGGCGUCUCUAUCUGCAGCAGAUCACUCACAGAAAGACUUUCAGCUGCCAUGCGGUAUCUUCAGCAGACAGAAAGCUGGCUUUCCUCUCUGGGGGAGGCGCAAAAACAAACAGAAUCUAGCGAGCACCACAGCAUACAUAUCCAAAUAAAGCGAAUGCACAAAAGCUAUGGGCUCUGCGAGGUGUAUAGACAGAUUAUUCCCACUCUGCAGCAUGAGAAUGAUGGGCUUAUAUUCACAUGUGUUGACUAUCCGUACAAGGCAGGCACGUGCCCUGCGUAUUUUAAGUGGAAGCCGCCGCACCUCAACUCAGUUGAUUUUCGGAUACAGAAGGCAGGGACAGCAGAUGGGCUCUACCUUCUUCUUGCAAUGGCGCCUGGGCGAGAGGUGGUUUUUGAUUGGUACUGGAAGGAUCCUAUCCUGUGCGACCUUGAGGAAAACGAGCGCACAAGAAAAGGCGUUGCACAGACCAACCACUACGGCGAGAUAGAGAGCUAUGAUGAUCUAGAUGGGCAGAUAGGGGAGUUUGCGUACAAGAGCAGGGAGUACACAAUUGAUAUAAGCGACUACUCCCUAGUACAGGGGAGAUGGUCUCUUCUGCGUGUUAGACGGGACAAAAACAUGCCGAAUGGCUACAAAACAGCAGCUAGUGUUAUGGCGUCUAUUAGAGAAAACCUAAUGUAUAAAGAGCUAGAGAUGAAUGCAGAGUGUAUUAGAAAUAACUGGAAGGAGAGAGAGGCCCGCGCACAGCGUAGACAUGCCCCUGCGCUUGGAGAUGCAGAGAGAGCAAAAAAGCAGAAGAAUGCAGUGUAG